AUACCCCACGAGAAACGAUACAUUCAAAAUAAAUCCAACGGGAAUGUGGUGGUGACUAUUCGCGAUUUUUUUUAGAUUUUAUUGUAACACCCAGUAGUAUGAAGGGCCAAUCUGUCGGCGGUGCACAGGGUUGUGAUAGAGCUUUUCUGGGAUUUUAAUGAUAGCUGUGAUGUAGUUUUGUUUGUUGCGUCUUGUACUAACAGAAAUUGUAAAUCACUGUGAUUAUGUUUAGCAGUGGUGAGAAAAACGUUCGGUGAUAAUUUUGGAAUUUUCUAUUGAUCUACCAUGAUGGUGGAUUUUUUCAUUUCAGGCAUAAAGGAAAUGUGCGGCGAGGACCUAAAAAGACAUCAGAACGAGUUAAAAGUGCUAGAACAGCCCCGUCUAAGUGGAUUAUGCGACGGUCUACCUUCAUUGAACAAUUCUCUAGGUAGCAACAGUUCGAACGACGGCGACAAACCCACAAAACAGAAAAGGCACAGAACGAGAUUCACGCCUGCACAACUAAACGAACUCGAGAGGUGUUUCUCCAAAACCCACUAUCCUGACAUUUUCAUGCGAGAAGAGAUCGCAAUGAGGAUCGGCCUAACAGAAUCGAGAGUUCAAGUUUGGUUUCAGAAUCGUCGCGCGAAAUGGAAGAAGCGCAAGAAGACGACAAACGUCUUCCGAACUCCGGGUGCUCUCUUACCUUCGCACGGCCUUCCUCCUUUUGGGGCAAUGGGUGAUGGACUCUGUGGGUCCAGCAUGUUUAGUACGUCGGAAUCCCGAUGGGGCGUCGCUGGAAUGGCGACAGGUUUGGGCCAACUCAGUCAGAGUUCCGUUUCUAUGGGCGGGUUCGGCCAGUCAUUGGGACAACUGAAUCAAAGCUCAGGACUGAGUCCUGCGCUGCCUAUCAGCACGGCCGCCGCCAGCACCGUCUACCAAGCUCACUACGGGCUUAAUUCAUUAGGUGAUAGCAUGAUGACGUACUGCAACAACGGUGGCGGUAGCAACGGAAAUGGUGGGACGGGUGGUUCGCCGCCCCCACAAAUACCGUGCUCGAGUGCGACCACUCCGCCAGUGGCGUCGGGCACCUCCCCCAACGAUCAAGAGGAGGAUGUGUGGCGCGGCCAUAGCAUAGCAGCGCUGCGACGGAGAGCUUCCGAACUCAACGCCGCCAUUCCCUCUUACCUGCAGAUCAACUACGACACCCACAACAAUGCUUCUGUAUAUUAGUUGCUUUGAGUUACACAAACCGUACUAUUUUCAAUCAAUAUCAACUAAUUAAAACCGAUGUGCAGUAGAUACUAUUAUUGUGAAGUGAUCUAUGCGGAUUUGACGGUCUUGAAACACAUCACACAGUUCUUUCUGGUCAAUGGUCAUAAAAAUAUAAACUAUUGAUUGCUUGCUUGGUUUUCCUGGUUUUGUAUAAUAAAAAUACAAUAAAAAGUAAAAGACUGACAAAUGCGCUUAGAAUUAUUUCAGCGUACAAUUUUAAAAUUUUAUUUAAAUGCAUUUCGACUAAUUGUCAUCAAUCAUCAAUCUAAACCGGGUUAAAAAUGUAUACGGUUAAAUUAAGUAGUAACCUUACAGAAUCACAAAUAAUUGACGCAAUAAUUUCAAACACAAUUUAGUGAUUGUUAUAAUUGGCGCGGGAAAAAUUUGAUGAAAAACUACCAAAACAUAUUUUUCCGUGCUACAUUGAUUUCCGGUAUUAUUUUUAACUGUGGCGUCUAUGUAUACGAUGUAAAAUAAUUAUUGUACAAAGAAAAAUCGUAUGUUGAAUGGGAUUCCAUAUUAGUGUGAUGUGUUGUUUUAAAAUUUAUGUCCUUAGAAUAGGAUAAAAAACUUUCAUAAUUUUCUUGUUGUAUACUAAACAGACGGUAUACGUAUUAUUAUUUUUUACUUUAAAUAGACUUUUGAGUAAUAUGUGAAAAUUAAUGAUCACAUGUAAAUUCAUUGUAAGUAGAAGUGUAUGAUUUUGUUAUGUUUAUUCAUAAUUCAUUUUGCUUUCAAGGUAGUAUCAGAUAGUAUUUUUAAUG